AUGUCGGCGCACGAACAAAUUCUGGUGUGCAACUUGAGGAAGUGCCGGCGCAUUGUCGGCGACUUCGCCUGGGUCACCUCCUGCUCGCAUCUCUUUUGCGACGAGGACGGCGAACGCGAGUUCAAGACGGGGGCGGCCGCCUGCCCGGCGUGCGGCGCCUUGCCGCGCGGCAGCCUGGAGGUGGUGCGGGUCUGCUUGAACCCCCCCGAGGAGCACAAGUCCAUGGUGCUGGCGGGCCUAGGGCCGGACGUCAUCCAGGAGAUAUGUUCGCGGGCGCUUUCAUUCUGGAUCUUUCAGGUGCACCAGGAGAGACUGUAUCAGGAACACUUGGCCGUGAAAUCAAAGAGGCUCAGGGUGCAGUCUGAGGACCGCUUCAAGCAGGAGAUCCAGAACAAGGUCACGGAGGUCGCCACUCUGAAGCGGCAGUUCUCGCUUGCCAAGAGCGAGCUGGCCAAGUUCAAGAAGAGGUACAACGAGGCUGCCGAGAAACUGCUGGAGAGGGACCGGGAGCAGAAGAAACUGCAGGUCUCCUACGAUCGCCUCCCGCCUGCGAUUCUCCGCUAUCGACGAGGGGAGAUGCGCUGA